CUACCUAGUACCUAUAUUAUAUGGUAUUAUAUUUCUAUUUUACUGCAGUAUAAUCAUUAAUCACGUUUUCCAAAGCUGUAUUAUCUCGUUUAAGCUGCCGAGACUCCGCAAAAACACUAUAGAUAGUUAUAUUUUUUCCCCAUUAAAAAAAUUUACAUCCUCACUCCUCAGCUAUUACUUUUUACGGGUUAUGGUGUAACGUCUCCUUUUUUUCAUUACAAUGGCUUGUUGUCGUUAGCACUCGAUGGCAAUAAACGAGCAUAAUACGAGCGACGGACGUUGCCCGCAGCUAAUUAUUUUAUCUCGGCGACGGUUGUGGCGGAUCGAACUUGAUGUGUUCAGCGUGUGCGUGUUGUUCCCCUCGUCGUUACAAGUGUUUGUACCGCGUUCAAAUAGCUCGAUUGUUGGUAUAAUGUUAAUAAAUGUUAUACUGUCAUUAUGGUAUUAGAGCGUAGGUAGUUGAGAUUGCGGGCCGAAAUUAUCUCGAAAAACGGCAACCGAUAACGACACCGCCGCCACGUGAGACAGAACAUAAUCAUAUAGCAGUGUGUGUCGUGUUCGGAGGGGAAAGGAGGGGGGGAGAUAGACUAGUGUUGCGAAACGACGAUGGGACUGAGUUACAUAAAAAUAUAUAUAUCGAUAUUGUCACUUGUCGCGCGUAGUAUUCGCAUCGAUUCUUGUGGUGAUCAUCGAAGGGGCACGCGCUCUCCACGUCAUCCAUUAUUACAGUAGUAUUUAUUACUCGAUCAACCGUUGUCCGUCGUCUAUAAUAUGCAAAAUAUAAUUACUAUAUUGUUACAUAAUAUUAUUAUAUUUCUCAGCCGCGUCAAAGUUCGAACAGUGCAGUCGUCGAUAACUUCCCGACAUAACUAAUCGUAAUAUAACAUAAAUAUUUAUCCCGUAUACACACGUGAUAUAAUAUAUAUAUAUAUAUAUAUAUGCAGCUGCCGGUAUCCGUGAACGUAGCUGCGUAAUGUUGUGUCAUCGACAUCUUAUGUGGCCAAAUAGCCUGUCAUCUGGAUGCAGCCAGGAGAGCGGCGGGGAGUUGGGCGGUUUCCCUGCUACUGCCGCGGCCGCAGCGUUCGCCGCCGCGGGUGGCUCGGGUGGCGCGCCGCCGUCACUAGGCUCGUCCAUGCAGGCCGCCGCCGCCGCGUACCACCUCAAGAACUCGGCUGCGUCUUCGCCGUACGCCGCCGUCAACAGCAUCGGUCUGAUGGACUCGCUGCAGACCAGCAUGGGCUGUUACCCAACGGCGGCCGGUCAGAACUACCACCACCAUCAUUCCACCACGUUGUCCCUGUUCAAUCACCUCGGCAACCCGAGAAAACAGCGACGUGAACGAACCACAUUCACCCGGACGCAGUUGGACGUGCUGGAAACAUUGUUCGCCAAGACUCGAUAUCCAGACAUAUUCAUGCGCGAAGAGGUUGCCCUGAAGAUCAACUUGCCCGAAUCCAGAGUGCAGGUGUGGUUCAAGAACCGGAGGGCUAAAUGCCGCCAACAGGUGAAACAGAACCAGCAGCAGCACCACAACGGCACUGGAACGGACAAGACGGCGUCGUCGAGGAACAACAACUCGGCCGGCAACAACGGCCAGAAAUCUUCGGGGAAAUCGUCGGGCGGCGGGGGCAACGCGCCGGUCAACAACAACAACAAAAUGUCGCCGACGAUAAACGGCGGUGUCGGCGGUGUGGGUGGAGGUGGCGUGACGAGUUCGACGGCCGGCAACUCACCCGUGUCCACCGGCACGUCGCUAUCGUCCAGUCGACAGUCGCCGCCCGGCGGUGGAUCGUCGUACAUCAAGCCGAUAUUGAGCGGCACGCCGCCACAACCACCGUCUGCCGUGUACCUCCCAAGUUCCGGUGGUGGAGGUAAUACGCCGGGAUCGAUAUGGAGUCCCGCCAUCACGGAACCACCGCCGGGGCUGGUGGACUUGCACCAUCACAGCACCAGGUCGUCUCCAGUAGGCUCCAGUGGAGGUUACUCGACCAACGGCAGCACCGGUGGCAACUGUUAUUCGUCUCAUCAUCACCAUCAUCAACCGCAUCAUCACCAUCCGCACCACCAUCACGCGGCGGCGCAUCAUCACCAGAACUACGGCGGUUACUAUUCGAACAUGGACUAUCUGGCACCACCGCCGACAAUGUCGUCGCAUCAAACAGCCGAGAACGGUUCGGAGUCGGCUUGGGUGAAGCGCGAAGACGCGUCGUCGUGGUUUUACAACUCGGCGGGCUGGGAACGCAAGUAAACAACUGGAACCAGGGCCGGGGCUGUUGCACGCCGCCGCCGCCACCGCCUACGUCUUCCCGCGAAGCUGCCGCCCGUCAUCCGCGGCGGGCAAAAAUGUAUCUUUUCGCGGGGCGACCUAUACAUAAGUGCAUGUAAAUAAAUUAUCAUAUUCGGGCUGAUGCCGAGGACGACGGCGGACACACCACCAACAGCUUCCUGAAAACCAUACAAAGAUUGUAUACAAUAUGAAAAAUAAAUAGGCCGACAUCGUUUUAAAUUAAAAUGUUCGACUCGAGCGCGCACGUCAGGCGCCCGUAGAAUAAAAUUAUGAUAAAAUAAUAUUAUAAUGACUUUAAUAUUGUAUAAUAUUCAGUGUGGAUGCGUGCGCGUUUACUGCACCGGUUCACCGAUCGAUAUAUCGACGAUCAGGAGUAAAUUAUAACGCGUUGUACAGGAUCAACUAGAACAGCUAUGGCGCAGUAAAAUAAUAUAAUAAUUAUGUUGUCGUAUUUAAUAUAACAUAUGUGUGUGUGUAAACGUUAACGUGUAUAAAUGACGUGUAAUAAUUACGUAGUGCAGUGAAGCCUCUCUCACAUACGCUAUAUAGGUACCAAUAUUAAUAAGAUGGUUUCAAAUUUCAAUUAGAUUUGUUAAAAUAGUAAUCUUAUUACUAAAAGAGUUUUGCCACACAAACACAAAUAUUAUACCUACAUGUUUCGUGUAAACGUCAACUUAUUAAAGAAUUUUAGUAAAAGUAAAGAUUUCAGGUAAAUCUAUUAAUUUUUUUUCUCAGAGGUUUCACUGCGUUUAUAAUAGUAAUGCAAAUGUCGUGUGUAAAAUAAAUCUUCAGUGAUCUCGUUAAACUUGUUAAUUUUCGAUACAAACUGUUAUUGUAUUUAACCUUCUUCUAUACGCGAGGGUGAUUCGUCAACUUACAAGAGCCACAUUAAUCUGCCGAUCGAAGAAUUUCAGAUUUCAUUUACCACGUAGACGACAUAGGCGGUAAUCCAUUAAAAUGUCAAAAGGGCUAACAUUUUUAACAUUAAUCUAAGCCUCUCAGGCACCCUCCGAUUUUCGCCAAUGAUAGACGAUCUAAAAUAUUCAUAUAACCGAUCAAAACGAUAACCAAAUAACCGGCAAUUAACAUUUAUUUGCUUUUAUGUGCCGGUAAAUCCUAGACUAGUUCCGAAAUCGUGUAAAUAAAAAUAUUUUGCCAAUAGAAGAACACGCAUCUCCAAUGUAACCGUACCUACAAUAAAAACCAUUAC